AGUCGCUCCCUUGCCGUCGCGUGGGUGGGACGUGCUUACAUGCUCUUCGUUUCCCGCGGAAACUUACGUACAUUUCCCCUCAAUUUUCCGGUUUAUGUUAUAAGAUAAAACGUUCUAUUGUUGAACUCCGAACGACGUAAAUAUUAUGGUAAUGUGUGCCGUUCAUUGAUUGUAUCAUCGCCGUGUGGACUGAAAGAUAAAGUGAUAUAUUUUAUACUUGCAGUAACAUAAGGGCUAGUGUACGGAUUGUGUUCUGUUUUCCGGCCGAUAAAAAAAUCAAAGUAAUUCUUCUCCUGAAACAUCAUUUGAUAAAGAGCGGUUUGUGAAGUGUGCUAAUUUGUACCGAUGUUCGGUUCACGUUCGCGGCGAUAAAAGUGCCAGUGUGGGUUGUGUGGAUGUGGAACUCUAGUUGAUCGCGCUGGCGUGGUACGGGGCGGGUGGGGGUGCGAUGCAGGCAGGAGGUGGCUGGUUUGUGCCAUGGACGAUGGGCGUGCAAAAAUUCGCCGUGGCACUGCCGAUGGGUGGAGUGGUACCGUUGGUACCGCCGCUGUUAGCGGCACUGCCGCCGGCGCCGCCGCCGCUUAGGCUCAUCGCCCCUCCGCCGCUGCCCCAUCAGGCGCAACCGGGACGUAAGGGCGAAAAGGACACCGGGAAGAACUGCAUUCUCUCCUGCGAGAAAAGGAAAGCAGAUGACACUGACUUAAAUAAAGACCUUAAAAAGGCGAAAUUGGAAACAAAAGCAUUGAAGGCGAAGAGGCCAGGCUUUACAGACGACCGGUACAACGAGACAUCGUAUUAUAUAGAAAAUGGUCUCAGAAAAGUUUAUCCCUACUAUUUCACAUUCACGACCUUCACAAAAGGUAGAUGGGUCGGUGAGAAGAUCUUGGACGUGUUCGCGCGGGAGUUCAGAGCUCAUCCGGCGGCCGAGUACGAGAGGUGCAUCAGAGCUGGCACCCUGACGGUCAACUAUGAAAGAGUUGAUCCCGACUACAGACUCAAGCACAACGAUCUCUUAGCAAAUGUCGUUCAUAGGCACGAAGUACCGGUCACCAGCCAACCGAUCACCCUCGUACAUAUCGACGAGGACAUUGUGGUUGUCAACAAACCGGCCUCUAUCCCCGUUCACCCCUGCGGGCGAUACCGUCACAACACUGUCGUCUUCAUACUCGCCAAAGAAUACAACUUGAAAAACUUGAGAACCAUUCAUAGACUGGACCGGUUAACGUCAGGUCUCUUAUUAUUCGGACGGAGUCCCAAGAAAGCGAGACAGAUGGAGCAUCAGAUAAGGAAUCGGCAAGUCCAAAAAGAAUACGUUUGCAGGGUAGAUGGAGAAUUCCCAGAUGAAGAAAUAGAAUGCCAAGAGCCGAUCGAGGUAGUGAGCUACAAGAUCGGAGUGUGCAAAGUAUCACCUAAAGGCAAAGACUGCUCCACGGUAUUCAAAAGAUUAGGCUACAACGCCAGAUCUAACACCAGCGUCGUACUAUGUAAACCGAAGACCGGGCGUAUGCAUCAAAUCAGGGUGCAUCUACAAUACUUAGGCUACCCAGUGGUGAACGAUCCUCUAUACAAUCAUCCGGUAUUCGGUCCUCUGCGUGGCAAGGGUGGUGAUACAGGUGGCAAGACAGAUGAGCAACUAGUGAGGGACCUCAUAGCCAUACACAAUGCGGAGAACUGGCUCGGGGUAGACGCCGCUGACGACGACUUGCUCUUCUCCAAACCAGCAUCGGAUGACAAAGUUGGCGAGGAUGAUUGUGAUACGGGUCCAGCGUCCAGGGAAUCUUCGCCGAGAUUGGAAUCACCUGCUCCCGGGGUCACGCCUUCCACUAUAUUAACACCGACCAUGCCGAGUCCGUCGAGCGGCGCGGAGGCCCCCGCGGAGGUGGCCACGCCCCCCUCCUGCACGCUCGCCCCCUCGCCGGUGGCAUCGCCCACCCUUAACGAGGACUCCAACGAUGCCAAGUCUGACAAAGUGACAGUGGCCACGCAGACAGGCUGCACUCCGGCGGCGAGCUCGUCAUCGAGUACAGCCGCCGACGCGCUGUCGCCGGACCCGCACUGCUACGAGUGCCGCGUACGAUACAGGGACCCGAGGCCCAGAGACCUCGUCAUGUACCUUCACGCUUGGAAGUACAAGGGACCCGGCUGGGAAUACGAGACGGAAUUACCACAAUGGGCGAGUGUCGAAUGGGAGGAACCGGAGAAUUCAUAGUUACAAGUUCUGACCCCACUACGCAAGCGCCUCGCAACCGUACUGCACAUCUCACCAAGAAACAAGUAUACAAGACCAUAACUCAAAUAAACAAGGAGGUAAUAGAUAAGCUAAUAAACCUAGGAACAUUUGAAAGAAAUUAUGAAUAAAAUCAAUGAAUUAUCAGAAAAAAAAGUAUGAAUGUACCAACUUCAUUUGUAAUCGGAACCGUGCGAGGCGCUGACAAUGAUAAUGUUGGUACUCAUUUGGCUGUUAUCUAUGGCAUAGAGUGCUCUGACGUAUUUUUUUUUUUUUUGUAAAAUAAGUGAGAGUUAGUGUUUAAGGUUAGUAUUAUGAUUCUUUCAUUCAGUUGCCGCACUGUCUUUAACGUUAUCUUACUUUGUUACUUUGUUUUUCCAGUAGUUUAUAGCUACUGUUUGUUUCUCCCUGACGUUCACAGUAUAUCCUACUAGUGUGGUAAAUUUAAUGUUGCGUUACUUAUCAUUUUUCAGUUCCUAUCGGCCUAUAAUGAUUUGUCAAGCUUGUUGUAGAUUAGAAUUAAGUAUAUAACGAUUUGUAAUAAUAUUGGUAACAUAAUAUAGUUAUAUAUCGCUUUAACGAGGCAGGGUCAGAACCACAAUCAUAAAUGAAUUAUAAUAUUAAAACGAACAUUUUAACCAUUUAAAAGGGAUACUAGCUCUUCCAAAUUUUCCCUAUACCGAUUUUAGAUAAAGCUCUCGACGUAAAUAGUUACUUUAUAAAAAUACGCGUACAUACGUAACUUAAUAUUAUACUAACAUUAUUUAUUCUAUAUUCAUAUAACCGUUUCGAAAUUAUUAAAGUAACUAUUGUGGAAGAAAACUUCUUGAUUUCCACCAAAUCUUGGACCACGCCUAUAUUUUCGUAAAUUCUUGAUGAGAAAGAAAAUUUAAUACAUAGGACCAUCGUUUUAAACCGUUUUUCAAAGACUAUCUUGAAUUAAUAGUCUACAAUAACUUAUAGGAUAAGAUAAUGAAAAAUUAUGUCGCAUUUUGAUGGAGGGCGUUUAACUGCGUCGUCGUCAUGUUUGGCUUCCAUAGUUUUCAGUAGACAUGUUUUAAAAACGUAUGUAAGGUAUCUUGGAAAUUUUGUACUAUUAAAAUUAUAUAUAUAUUCGCUGUAUUGCGAUUGAUAUUGCUUUUUGAAUAUUACGUUUGACGUCAUUUAAGGCCAGUUGUGAUAUGCAUUUACAUGUUUUAUCUUCAUAAAUUGAUUUUCCAUGCAAAAAGACAAUUUCAAAUGAUCUUUAUU